AUGUGUGACGGGCACGGCGAACCCGCGGCUACGAGCCGGACCGAUUUCGAUCGGUUUGUAUUUAUUGUUUUGCACCGUGACCAUAUUAAAUUUCCGGUCGGAUUAGAAUCCGGACCGAAGGUUGAGCGCGGGGCUAACGAUCCGGCCCAGCGAAAACCCAUUGUCGAUUGUUACGGUACCGUCAAGAAAUCGACCUCGGGCGCGGAGAGUAUUGGCCGGGGCACGGAAACGAACGCGGUCCGCGGAAAUGAAUGUUGCGACUCGUCGGAACGUAACAAGCCGUUUUUGAAUGAGCAAGAUGUCAGGCGGACGGCUGCGCAGAGAAAUUGA